UCUAUGGUUGUGAUGGCCAGUGUUGGCGGAAUUAACCACGAAUUAACAUAUGCAUGUGUGCACGUGUAAUGUGCCCGGUCACUUUAUUAUUUCGACGUUUCUGUAAUUUUAAUAAUGUGACAGAUUCUCUCAGCUGAACGAUUUGUUUUUGAACUUGAAGCUAUUUUCCACAGUUUUUUUCAGGUUCAAGGAUGAGCACGAUUUUGGAAAAAAUCGCCUCCAUCGAGGCUGAGAUGGCCCGUACCCAGAAGAACAAGGCGACUUCUGGGCACUUGGGUCUGCUGAAAGCGAAGCUAGCCAAGCUCAGGCGCGAGUUAAUUACUCCCAAGGGUGGCGGCGGGGGUGGCGAGCAGGGUUUCGAGGUUGCCAAGACCGGUGAUGCUCGUAUCGGCUUUGUCGGCUUUCCAUCUGUUGGAAAAUCCACGCUGUUGAGUACGCUUGCUGGCGUGUAUUCUGAGGUAGCUGAGUAUGAGUUUACAACACUCACGACUGUUCCUGGUUGCAUAAAAUACAAAGGAGCAAAGAUACAGCUGUUAGAUCUUCCAGGUAUUAUAGAAGGUGCAAAGGAUGGUAAGGGACGUGGACGACAAGUUAUUGCUGUAGCACGAACGUGCAGCUUAAUCUUCAUUGUUUUGGAUGUGCUCAAACCGCUUGGGCACAAAAGGUUAAUUGAGCAUGAAUUGGAAGGUUUCGGCCUGCGAUUGAAUAAACAACCACCAAACAUAACUUUCAAGAAGAAGGAUAAGGGUGGUAUCAAUCUGCAAACUAUGUGUCCACAAACCGAACUCGAUUAUGACACAGUAAGGAUGAUUUUGUCAGAAUAUAAAAUCAGCAAUGCAGAUAUCACAUUAAGGUACGACGCUACCUCUGACGAUCUGAUCGACGUUAUAGAAGGGAAUCGUGUUUAUGUUCCUUGCAUUUAUCUCUUAAAUAAAAUAGAUCAAAUAAGUAUAGAAGAAUUGGAUGUUAUUUAUAAAAUUCCACACUGUGUACCGAUCUCAGCCCAUCACAAGUGGAACUUUGAUGACCUGCUAGAGAAGAUGUGGGAUUAUUUGCAACUUGUUAGGAUUUAUACCAAGCCAAAAGGACAACUUCCGGACUAUAAUGCACCCGUAGUAUUAAACACCGAAAAACGAACCGUUGAAGAUUUUUGUAAUAAGCUUCACAGAUCGAUCGCGAAAGAAUUUAAAUAUGCAUUGGUAUGGGGUUCAUCCGUGAAACAUCAGCCACAGAAAGUGGGAAAGGAUCAUAUUCUUUGUGAUGAAGACGUUGUGCAAAUUGUAAAGAAAGUGUGACUUUUUUUCUUUAUGAUCAUUUUUUGGCAGUGCGCAAAUAAAAACUUUACCGAUGAGAUUAAUGAUGUCAGAUUUGUAAAAAGAUUGCAUUUUAAUAAAUUAUAUAUGAUUGA